AAAAUGGACAAACAACAACCAAGCAAAUCAAGGCCAUUUCCACUAACAACAUUAUUCAAACAGGAAAUGAACUCUGAAGGACAGCAGGUGACGUACAGAAUUCCAGCUCUCAUCUAUAUCUGUGACAAUCAAACCUUCCUUGCUUUUGCUGAAAAGAGAAAAACUGCUGACGACACGGAUGCAGAUGUCCUUGUGAUGAGAAAAGGAAUAUGGAAAGAUGAAGGAGUUGAGUGGAAUAGUGGUCAUGAGUUGCUCAGUUCAGCUUGUCAACCCAACCACCGUAACAUGAAUCCAUGUCCGGUCUAUGAGAGAGAUUCCAAGACCCUCUUCCUGUUUUUCAUCACUGUUCCUGUUGGGCUCUCUGAACGUGAACAAAUACAUAAAAAAGAGAAUCAGGCAAAACUUUGUUACAUAACCAGUAAGGACACUGGCAAGACCUGGAGCCAUAUUACAGACUUGACAGUAGAUGUGAUUGGUGAGCAGGUGAAGGACUGGGCCACCUUUGCUGUUGGACCAGGACAUGGUGUUCAAAUGAAGAGCGGGAGACUGAUUAUCCCGGCCUAUGUGUAUCCUUGCCACACACACAACCAUAAGCCCACAGCGCAUGCAUUUGCAUUCUACAGUGAUAAUAAAGGAAGCACUUGGCAUGUAGGAAAACGUAUGGAUGUUGAGUCUUGUGAGUGUCAGAUGGCUGAGAUCAUAGGCGACAAAGGUAACAGUACACUCUACUGCAAUGCUCGAAGUACAUCCGGCCAUAGAGUUGAGGCUCUAAGUAAGAAUGAUGGAGAAAAUUUUGACAAACGUUCAUCUAAACAUAAGCUGACAGAGACUGGACAUGGUUGCCAAGGAAGUGUGUUGAGUUUUGCUCCUGAUCAAGAUCCUGAGAACACAUGGCUACUCUAUUGCCAUCCAACCAAUCCAAGCAAGAGAACGUGCCUUGGCGUCUACUUGAAUAAAACCCCUUUGGAUGCCUCUGGAUGGGAGGAUCAUAAAUUGAUCAUCCAUUUUGGUCCAAGUGGAUACUCAGAUCUGGCUCAGUGUGGGGAUGGAAAACACGUUGCCUGUCUCAUGGAAUGUGGAGAGAUAAGUUAUGUUGAAGGCAUUGCUUUUGCCCUUUUUAAACUCAGUGAUAUCAUCCAGGCCAAAGGCACUGAAUGAGACAGCAAAACAAGUCAACAUUUUCUUUUAGAUAGUAAAUGAUUAAAAUACUACUAAAAUAAUGGACAUGUACUUAAACAACUGAAAUUAGACAUUUUUAGAUCUCCAAAAUAUGAAGGUCUUAUACAAAACAAAAGUUUGGGCUCAGUAAGAUUUUUUAGAAAAUAAUACUUUUAUUCAGAAAUGAUGCAUUA